AUGAAAGGUCAAAAUGUUGAUUUCAAAACAGGUCUCAGCUGCGCUAUGUCGUCCUCACUUGCGGCAUCAGGAAAUAUUACAGAAUCAAUCGACACUGACGAAGAUUUCACCUCUGCCUCAUCAGAUAUAUCAGAAGAUCAAUCAGAUCAAGGAAAUACCUCAGCUACGAUAUUGAGAGAUUCGGCGGAUUUCUUGUCGAAAAUACGAUCGCUUCGCGAAUCAGACGUCCUGGUACUUCUAACUCCAAUUGUAGUGCCGAUCAGUCAAGACAUUACAGACACCAGUGAUCCCUUUGAGUGUUUGGGACGGGCUCUGGCCAAGAGACACGCCAAAGUCCGGCAUAUCCCCUAUACACGAAGAAACGGCAUUACUUCAACUCAUUUAGGUUUCAUAAAAAGAAGCCAUGUCAUUAUACUUUGUUUCGUGGAUCAUCCCGAACAUCAUCAUCAGUUCGAAAUCGCAGAAGUCCUCUUUGCAGUCAGCGAUCACAAGCCUUGCCUCAUUAUGGUAUGCAGUGAUCAAGUAAUUAAGCAAGAUUCGAUUCCGUUCCCUACAGUCAUCUUAACCUCCGGAUAUACACCAGAAGAUAUGGAAGCCGCAGCUGCAGUGAUCUUUGGGGAGCGGGAAUCCAGUCCUAAUAUAGGGAUAAAUAGUUCCGCGUCCGGUAUGAUGGAGGCAGCUCGACCCAAGCUCUGGGCCGUUGACCAAUGGAAUGAAUCUAGAGAUGUACCGAGUGUUCUCAAGCUCUGGAGUGACAAUUUUGAUGUCCGGUUCUCCAUUGACGUUGAGGCAUUCGUGUCUCUACUUCGUCGCCCAGGUUAUGCAAAACAUUAUGUAGUGCGGGACCCAAGAACGAGCGAGGUUUUAGGUUUUUGUGCUACAUAUCUUUCGUACGUCGAUCAAGAAGGCGAAAGACUCAUCGCAUCACUAGCGAUUCUUGUCGUAGGAAAGACCUAUCGACAACAGGGCAUUGGUCUCAGUCUUCAUAAUCAUGCUAUUGCACAGUUCAGAGGCACACGAGGCGUCAUUCGUCUUCACCUGGGGAGCAUCUUUCCAAGGCUGUUGUACGGGCCACCUAUUUCUUCAUCCACAGAAUUGACUGCGAAUGAUGAGUGGUUCCACCGAAGAGGCUGGAUACUCAACAAGGAGUUAAGAGGUCAGGGACAACGCGUGUAUGAUCUGAUUCUAGACUUUACCGAAUGGAAAUAUCAUCAAAAUCAACGGCAAGAAAAAUUUAAGUAUCGGCAAAGUGUACAAGAUGAUAUGGUCGAGGUACUUCGUUUGGUCGAGGAAGCAUCUAUUAAACAAGGUAAUAUGGGAUGGUUCGAUCAAUACUUUGCUCUAAUGAACGGACCCAACGUGAAAGACAUUAUCAUAUGUCUGGAAGGAGAUCAGAUCAUUGCAACGGCACUCACAUACACCCCAUUCUGUGGCAGCUCCAUAUCUUCUAAUUUACCAUGGGCAGGGCGGAUUGGCCAUGAUGUUGGUGGAGUCACAUGCAUAUGCGUUUCUCCACAGAGAAAUGAGCCAUUACGCCCGGAAUUACUUGAUGCUUGUAUCAAAAAACUAUACCAGCAAGGUAUGAGGAGAAUGUUCUAUGACGGUGUAGCAAAUGAUGUAGACGAACUAAAACAACUAGGUUUUGAGGAAUGGGCAAAGUACCGCGACGUUUGGAAGGACGCUUAA